AUGCUGCAGUCAGUUUGUAGUUUCAUUCUCCUGUGGUCUGCUGGCGCCAGAUGCUGGUGUGGAGAUGGUUCCUGCACCGCUGUUUGCACAGGCAAGGUGCACAACUAUGACAUGCCGGAUGGCUUCUGCAGCUAUACGCAGCUACAUCCGAGGCUGACGGACCAAGACAAGUGCUGCGCUUGUCCAGAUUGGGGCUGUGCACAGACAUGGAUGAGUGGGGAUACCGGAAAUUGUGAUGGAGGUCUGGAGGGCACCUGUGACGUGAGUUUGUGUGGUCAGACUGCGCAGGUGUGCGAGUGCUGGGCGCGACUUCUUGACGGCUUCAGCUGCAGCCAAAAGUCGGCGCAGGUGGAGGAGGGCCUAAGCUAUGCUUCGAAGUCACACCGGGCGCUGCAGCGAGUGGUGCAGAAGUAUGGGCUCCAUUACAGGGAAGGCCGGACCAUCAAUUUGCCCUAUUGUGAAGUUUCACUCGUCUCACUCCCCGUCUUUCUGCAGCCCGUGGACGCCGACUAG